AUGGUGGCCGAACGAUGGUCCAGGCUGGCGAUGCCAAAUAACGCCCCGCCAGAUGCUGUGUACCGCCCCAUCUGCCCCUACUGCGCCAAGCCCCUGCAGUGCAAGGACGGGGAGCGUCCGUACAGCAAGAUGAUUUUUGUGCAAUAA